CGUUUGGGUAGCACCAUGUGACCGGUCAUGUCCCAUUAAGUUACUAAGUAGGAUUACCCAUCUUAUUACAUAAUUAAGCGAAUAUCCUCCUAAUACACCAUAUUAUGUCAUUAGGCCUUCAGUGUCAUGAUAAAGUAAAGCAUUUGCCCCUGCCUAACCCCUUCCCCCACUCCAUAUAAUUUAGCCCUAUAUUUUAGAACCUAAAUACUAAUAGGAAUGUGUAUAUGAUGUGUCAUUGAUGCAUACUGUCAAAUGGUGAGCUUUAAGUUAAGUAAACAUCCUAUUCCUACUUUUCUAUAUUAGCUUGGAGCUGUUAGGAGAAUCAGCAUAGUGCUACUGUGCCAAACUGACAUGCCUCUGAACUCACUGCAAACCCUUUGAAGAAACAAACUCCACUCAAUGAACCAUGGCUGCAGUAGAACAGAGUGCAGGGGGAAUCAGGGAGAGGUAGCUACACAGACUCCAGCUGAGGGUUACAGACAGACAGAACAUUAGGACCUAUCGGCUUUUUGACUUUUGUUGUUGUCCCACACCCACCUCUCCGGAGCCUCCGUAGUUCUGCAACUGAUAAGACCUACUAGCACUGGUUCCUGUCAUAGAUGGUCAACUCCAGGCCUUGGUGACCAUUGUUAUAGGCUGAGGAUGGCAUAAUUGGAGGAUUUUGUAAGGCUAAGGCUGAUCUAGCGGUUUUUUUUUUUGUGUGUCUAGACUGCAAUUCAUUAUUGAUUCUGCGGUGUCUGGGAGAAUGUAUAGUAUGUAAAGUGUAACCUGAAAAUGAUGUAAAGGUUUUAUUGUCCAACUCUUCAGAUAGGCUUCAUGGCUCUAAAUCGAUCAUCAUUAUUGGGUUGUGUGUUUCUUGUCUGUUUCUGUUAGUACAAAAACUAACGUGUAAUACUUUGCUCUUUAUUUUACUCUUAUUUCUAUAUAUUUUUUAAAUCCUAAUGCCUAGUCACUUUACCCUUCAUGUACAAAUCUACUUCAAAUACCUCAUAGCUUUGCAUAUUGGUCUUGUUCUGGUAGUCCCUGUAGAUCAUUCCAUUCUUGUGUAUGAUAUUUUAUUCCUCUUGUGUUACUAUUUAAUUUGUAUUAUUAUUUGUCAAAUCUACUCUGCAGCCUCAUUGGGAAGGGCUCGUAAGAAAGAAUUACACGGUUAAGUCUACACCAGUUGUAUUCAGCGCAUGUGGCAAAAAAAAUGGAUUAGAUUUAAGAUAUGUUUUGGUGUGUGAUUCUUUCAUUCAACACAUAAUAAAGACUCUUGCAGCAGCAAGACAUUAAUGUGUGGUAGUACCACCAUGGUUUUAGACUAGAGAAUCUGCUUGUUUAGAUGCUUUGGGAUGGAUGAUGGAUCCUCUCCAAAUGCAUCUUAUCCAAAAUCCUCGUUCCAUCUGCCAGCUUGCUCACAAAUGGUCCACACAGCAGGAUCAUGGAACACAGCUACACUGCAUCUACAGUUCUGUGUGUUGAGUGUGUACAGUAUGUGUUGCGUAGCAUGCAGGGUAAGCUAUUCUGUCCACUCUGCACCAAGCACAGCUCACUGCCCAAGUCCUGUCCCAAUUGCCUUGCUAAGGCAUCCUCUGAGUACGAUUUAUAAUACUUAUAACAUUAAUACAUUGUAGCUUGGUGUGAUGUAAUCAAAUCAUUGUUUUAAUAAGAGCAGUAGGUCUACAUGAUUGGAUACUAGUAAUUUACUCAAAUGAGUGCUUUGAGGGUAAUUUAUAUAAUGUUGCAUUACAGACACAAACAAAGAUGGCAGACAGUAAUUGUAAUUACACGUGUAUUAGUUUUUUGUUGUGAGACGUGGUGUGACAUGACUGUGCAGGUUCCCUGCAGGCAUGUCUUUGAGCUGCCAGCCAAGCUUCAGCUGAACAUAAAUCAGGGAAAAGGGUUUUUGCUGAUGAGAAUCAGCUCUACUGGCUGAAAUUGUCUUGUUCAUAGUGCUUUAAUCCUCACAUCACCUUUAAUCCUCAACCAGUUAAACUAAUGAGGGUAAUGGAAUAUCCUUGUUGCAUAAUUGAACAUUUGGGUAUUGAUCAAUAACCAAUUUUGAGAGAUUGGAACUAUAAGGUUCUAUCUGCAAAAAUAUAAUUCUGAGAUAAUUGGCAAUAACGUUCCAAACCCUCAUUGGUUUGAAUGGUGUCAGCAAUUUAAAAACACACUGGAUAAAGAAAUUAACCCUAAUUGAGGUCAGUAUCAUUGACAUCAGGUUAGGCCAGUUAGGUCCUUAUUAAAAGUGGUUAGAUUAAAUCUACUAUGCAGCAUAGAAAGAUGUUGUUUUUGAGGGGUUACCCUUUACGUUAUUUGAGGAGUCUGCCUUAACGUUGUUUAUUUACGUUGUUUGAGGAGUCUGCCUUAACGUUAUUUAUUUACGUUGUUUGAGGAGUCGCCCUUUACGUUGCUUAAUUACAUUGUUUAAUUGCGUUGUUUGAGGAGUCACCCUUUACGUUGUUUGAGGAGUCACCCUUUACGUUGUUUGAGGAGUCACCCUUUACGUUGUUUGAGGAGUCACCCUUUACGUUGUUUGAGGAGUCACCCUUUACGUUGUUUGAGGAGUCUGCCUUAACGUUGUUUAUUUACGUUGUUUGAGGAGUCUGCCCUUUACGUUGUUUAUUUACGUUGUUUGAGGAGUCGCCCUUUACGUUGUUUAUUUACGUUGUUUGAGGAGUCGCCCUUUACGUUGUUUGAGGAGUCUGCCUUAACGUUGUUUAUUUACGUUUGUUUGAGGAGUCGCCCUUUACGUUGUUUGAGGAGUUGUUUCAUAGGCUUACCUUACCUGUGGUGGCAGGGUCUGCUCUGAUCAGUCAACCUGCUGUAUGACCAAUGGAGGAUACGCCUGCUGUCCCUUCCCUGAAUGAGUACGAAACAAAUUUGACACCACUAGUAUAGAACGAAGACCCUCAUCAGACCUCACUGAGAGAUAUUAGAGAUUCAUUACAUAUGAAUUACAAGCUGCAACACCACAGAACAGAUGUGUGCGAAAUAUUACCAACCAUAGAGCAGUGUGCCCAUGCUGAACAAGGUGGCUGCAGAGGAACCACGCUCUCCUGUCUCUCCCCCACUUGAGUCUGAUAUCAUCCCAGAGCAAUGCUGCAGCAAUUCUGCAGCAGUGUAGAGCUCUGUCUCUAUGGUGCACUGUGAUUGCUCAAAUAUCUGCCCUGCUGCCGUCACCCCGAGGGCGGGUGGAGCUGCUGUCCAUUUUCUUCUAGCGUGUGCUGUCUGGAUGGUGUCCACUGCCUUCCUUGUGGUUAUAAGUGUGACCGCAUACACACUAAGUGUCUAAGACUGAUGGCCUGAGGUACCCCUUUUAUUCCGAGGCAGGCCCACUUCCUUCCUAUGAUCAAACUCACCAAGAUAUCCAAGGUCAACGACCAGCAGGUCCCAUGGACACUACUUGGUUGCCGUUGACAGCACCCAACAUGGCUGGGUUAUUCACUUCCACAGGAAAUCAACUGACCUCCAGCUACAGUAACCCGUUGUGGCAGGGGAAACACUGGAAAAUACUGUUGUCUACAGCUAUCUAAGCCAAACUAACAAGAUUUUAUUUUGAAUUACAUUUUGCCCAACUACUGAGAUUGGGAUUGUACACUUUUUGUGAAUGCAUUAUAUGUACAUGAAUUGGGAAUCAUGACACCCACUCAUUGUUGAUUUCAUAAAACAGACAGGUCAAUAAAAUUAAUGAUAAUUAUUGUGUCUAUCUACUGGCUACAUUCAUUAAGGAUGUGGGUUGGGGUUGUAGGGUAACAUGGUAUCAACAUGGUAUCAACAUCUUACACUGGUUUUUCUACCCCUGAUAACUACCACCAAUUUCAAAUGUUUUAUGGAAAUAUAAAUUAUACACAUGUAAGCAAACUCUUUUUGGCUGCUGACUCCUGGGGAACAGAGAAACAGGAGGGACAUCUGAGGGACAUCUGCGGCUACUGCAUAAAUGUUGGUCACCCCUAAGAAUUGUGAUUUGUUUGGCUUUAUGUUGAAGUAAAACAAUUAUGCAUAAUUCUGGUUCUGGAAAUAAUAAAAUAAUAGGUAAACAUUCAUGCACUCAGUCAGUAUAUGGAGGUAUUACGCGCAUUGCAACUAAAUUACCAGAUUGUCCCUGCUUGACUGUCCUGAUGCAACAAACUAUUAAUUAUGGCUAAACUCUGCCUACUUCUACAAUUUAUAUUCUUAAAAUUCAAUGUGAAACCUAACCAUAACGACACUGCUAAACGUAUGCCUAACUCUAGACAUAACUGUUUUUUCAUACAUUUUUGCGAUAUAGCCAAUUUUGUCUUUGUGGCUGUGGAUUCUAGUGGAAACCACUUCCCACCCGGGGCGUUUCUCCCUCGAACAAGUGUGCUUGUUUGUAACCACGGCAACGUUGGUCGAGCAAAGGCAAAACAAGGUAAUUCCCCCCAAAAUUCCCAAGCAUGACUGCAACCAUGUCCAAGUCUCCUGGGGCUGGCAUGUAUCCCCCAGUAGCAAAACUCAACUUGGCUGCAGACCCCAGGAAGAUGCGCAGGAUCAUUGCAGAAGAUCCAGAGUGGUCCCUCACUGUAGUGCCCCUUUUAUCCAACCUCUGCCUGCAACACAUAGUGAGAAACUUUCAGGAGAAGCCCAUCCUCGAAGAACUUCUUCCCAGGCACAAAGACUAUGUCCUGGAGAGGCUCUCUCCGUCCCUGCCCCUGCAGGUGACUGCCAACCUGAUCAGCGACGACGGCUACUGGAAGCGCUGCUGCAAACAGCGCUGGGGCCUGUGUGACGUCUCCUCAUACGGCCACAGCUGGAAGCGCAUGUUCUUUGAGAGGCACCUGGAGAACAUCAUCGAGCUCUACAUUCCUGAUGCCACUGACCCCAAGACGGUGCUGGGCAUGGUGCCUCUGUGUCGGAACUACGUGAAGAGGCUGGACAUCUCACAGCUGAUGCCGCCAAUCAAGGAACCCCAGAAGUCAGAGGACGAUGACAACUCGGACUCGGCCAGCGACAUGGGCAUGGAUGGGCCAUCCAUGGAUCACUUUGACUUUUGCAUCCUGCUGGACAAGCUGAGCCAUCUGGAGGAGUUUCACGUGGUCUACCGGGUCAAGGGAUGCGGCAUGAACUUUGAGUGGAACCUCUUUGAGUUCACCUUCCGCGACUGCGAGUCUCUGGCCAAGGCCUUGAAGUCCUGUAAGACCUUGAGGGUGCUGAGGAUCCACCAAAGCAAAGUGGAUGACGAGAAGUGUCGUCAGCUUGUGAACAACCUCCUGGACCACCCGUCCCUCAGGGAGCUCAACCUCUCCCACAACCUCAUCGGGGACCGGGGCGCCCGGGCCAUCGGCAAGCUGCUCAACAGGAGUAAGCUGGAGAGACUCACUGUCUACGACAACAACAUUCGGGGGCUGGGGGCCCAGGCUAUAGCCUAUGCCCUGGCCAAGAACUCCAGCCUGCUGUCCCUCAACCUGCGUCUGAACCGGCUGGGGGACGAAGGUGGCCAGGCCAUCGCCCAGGCCCUGCUGAAGAACCGCACCCUGAAAUGGCUGCACCUGGGAGGCAACGAAAUGACAGAGCCCACAGCCACGGUCCUAUCCCAAGUCCUGGUCCAGAAUAAUACGCUUAGGAGCAUCAACCUGUCCUGUAACAGGCUGGGUAUGGAUGGUGGUAAAGUGUUGGAAGAGGGCAUGUGUCACAACAGCAGCAUGGUGGAGUGUGAUAUCCGCCUGACAGAGGUGGGCCAGGAGAGCGACUACUGCAUCAGCCAGGUGGUACGCAACAAUCGGAACCAAGCACACAGGAAACACAACACAGAUGAGAACCUAGCCUAAACCUCAGAGCAUUAUUAAAUACAAGGAAGAAGAAUCAUCACUGAAUUAUCACAGUGAAUUAUUGUAAUGUUUGUUUAUGUGUCAAUUAAUCCCAUUGGGGGAUGGGUUGCCAGCUGGCGACUUGACAUGAAAAUACAUUUUCAUUCAUUCAUAUAAACAUACAGCCCAUUUGUGUUCACCAAAGUGCCACUUUGUCAUAUAUUCUAGACAGGAUGCCUACUAUUUGUUUCAUAUCUGCAAAGUUGUUAAAUGUAGCGAUGUCUAUAAUGUGUUACCACUGAAAUCAGAAUUGAGCUAAAUAGGCUACACCACUGUACAUUUGGCCCAUGGAAAAUAACCCCAGUUUAUUAGGAUGUAAUAAAUGGGCUUGGUCCGAAGGUCAGGGAUGAAUACUGACAUAGAUGUUAUUCUGGGAUGACUUCAGGUUGUUGAGAUCCACCACUGAGCUAUGGGGCACCUUCACUGUAUGUAGGCUACUCAUUGUUUGUAUUCACUGUUUAGUAAAUGUACAAAGUGGAGUUAUAUAUUUAAGGAAUAAGGCCCAAGGGGGUGUGGUAUAUGGCCAAUAAGGGCUGUUCAUGGGUACGACGCAACGCGCAGUGCCUGGAUACAGCCCUUAGCUGUGGUAUAUUGGUCAGAUACCACAAACCCCCAAGAUACCGUAUUGCUAUUAUAAAUGGGUUACCAACAUAAUUAGAGCUGUAAAAAUAAAUGUUUUGUCAUACUCGUGGUAUACCACGGCUGUCAGCCAAUUAGCAUUCAGGGCUUGAACCACCUAGUUUAUAAUAGGAUAUAAAUUAGGUUUGAAAGUUGGAUAUACUGGUAAAUAUAGGCUUUAUAUUCUUCUACCACAUGGGUUUCAGUGUGUACAUGUUAUAUGUCGUAUGUAAAAAGACACAUUAUGUUUCAACAAUUUCACAAGCUGUUUUAUUGAGUUAGCCUUUUUUCACUUUUGAUACACAGAUUUGGUUUGCGGUCAUUGUAACUGUAUUAUGCAACAUCAAGGCAACAUUGUGAUAGUGUCAAUAUACAGUUGAAGUCAGAAGUUUACAUACACUUAGGUUGGAGUCAUUAAAACUUGUUUUUCUUCCACUCCACUUGUUAAUUAACAAACUAUAGUUUUGGCAGGUCGGUUUGGACAUCUACUUUGUGCAUGACAGAAGUAAUUUUUCCAACAAUUGUUUACAGACAGAUUAUUUCACUUAUAAUUCACUGUAUUACAAUUCCAGUAGGUCAGAAGUUUACAUACACUAAGUUGACUGUGCCUUUAAACAGCUUGGAAAAUUCCAGAAAAGGAUGUCAUGGCUUUAGAAGUUUCUGAUAGGCUGAUUGACAUCAUUUGAGUCAAUUGGAGGUGUACCUGUGGAUGGAUUUCAAUGCCUUCCUUCAAACUCACUGCCUCUUUGCUUGACAUCAUGGGAAAAUCAAAAGAAAUCAGCCAAGACCUCAGAAAAAAAAUUGUGGACCUCCACAAGUCUGGUUCAUCCUUGGGAGCAAUUUCCAAAUGCCUGAAGGUACCACGUUCAUCUGUACAAACAAUAGUACGAAAGUAUAAACACCAUGGGACCACGCAGCCGUCGUACCGCUCAGGAAGGAGAUGCGUUCUGUCUCCUAGAGAUGAACGUACUUUGGUGUGAAAAGUGCUAAUCAAUCCCAGAACAACAGCAAAGGACCUUGUGAAGAUGCUGGAGGAAACAGGUACAAAACAAUCUAUAUCCACAGUAAAACGAGUCCUAUAUCGACAUAACCUGAAAGGCCGCUCGGCAAGGAAGAAGCCACAACUCCAAAACCACCAUAAAAAAGCCAGACUUCGGUUUGCAACUGCACAUGGGGACGAAGAUUGUACUUUUUCGAGAAAUGUCCUCUGGUCUGAUGAAAGAAAAAUAUAACUGUUUGGCCAUAAUGACCGUCGUUCUGUUUGGAGGAAAAAGGGGGAGGCUUGCAAGCCGAAGAACACCAUGCCAACUAUGAAGCACGGGGGUGGCAGCAUCAUGUUGUGGGGGUCCUUUGCUGCAGGAGAGACUGGUGCACUUUACAAAAUAGAGAGCAUCAUGAGGAACAAACAGUAUGUGGAUAUAUUGAAGCAACAUCUCAAGACAUCAGUCAGGAAGUUGAAGCUUGGUCGCAAAUGGGUCUUCCAAAUGGACAAUGACCCCAAGCAUACUUCCAAAGUUGUGGCAAAAUGGCUCAAGGACAACAAAGUCAAGGUAUUGGUAUGGCCAUAACAAAGCCCUGACCUCAAUCCUAUAGAAAAUUUGUGGGCAGAACUGAAAAAGCAUGUGUGAGCAAGGAGGCCUACAAACCUGACUCAGUUACACCAGUUCUGUCAGGAGGAAUGGGCCACAAUUCACCCAACUUAUUGUGGGAAGCUUGUGGAAGGCUACCCGAAACGUUUGACACAAUUUAAAGGCAAUGCUACCAAGUACUAAUUGAGUGUAUGUAAACUUCUGACCCACUGGGAAUGUUAAGAAAGAAAUAAAAGCUGAAAUAAAUCAUCUCUACUAUUAUACUGACAUUUCACAUUCUUAAAAUAAAAUGGUGAUCCUAACUGACCUAAGACAGGGAAUUUUUAUUAGGAUUAAAUGUCAGGAAUUGUGAAAAACUGAGUUUAAAUGUAUUUGGCUAAGGUGUAUGUAAACUUCUGACUUCAACUGUACAUGCAGACUUGCCCUAUGUUUAUUAUUUAGUAGUCACACACUCAACCUGUGAUCCACCUUUCCUAGGCAGUACAAAACAUGUUUCCUGACUGUAGCUCUUGCUACAAGGACCAGCAAUCUAUGACAUUGAGAGAGUAAGAAUAAUGCAGGCAGAGCAAUGUUCUCAGUAUGGUCAGAAUAAACUUAACACAAUAUGUGUCUCUCAAAUGGCACUCUAUUCCCUAGAGUGUACUACUUUUGACCAAGGCCCAGACACAUAGAUCUUUAAACCCAGAGGGAUAUGUUUGAAAGUAGAGCACCACAUAGGAAAUAGGGUGCCAUUUGGGACGCAACCAAUGUAACUAGCCUGAAUGACAGUCUAAGAUAGUGGAAUAUUGAUCAAAUAAGUCAGCGGUUGGCUUCCUUAUGUAAAAGGUUGUCUGCACUCAAAUCUGUGGCUUUGACCUCCAUACAAAAAUGUGUUAUCUCUUCCAGCCUUUCCCCUAUCAAGAAAGAGUGUUAAAACAUACCAAUAACGUUGAAGGAAAUAAUCAACAGUGCUCUGCCAUUGCAAAGUAAGUGUAUAUCUCAUACAGCAUCAGAUUGGCUGCAGGGUCUGCAAUUGAAAUUGUACUGUAUUUACAAGAUUCAUUUUCCUUGUACAACACCAUUUUAUAUAGAAAUGUGUCGAUUGUUGAUCUGAAAACCCGAAACACUUCCCUGUUGUCGAGUACAUUUGAGGAUUAGCAGUGUUUAAUAAAACACCACAUUUUAUGCAUUUACUGGUGACACAAUCGACUAAGCACAAGAAACACGACGACAGUCCUAACCUACAAUCUCUGUAUUACUUACAGUACAAAAUCGUUCUCCUGCAAUCCUGUUUUAAGCCACAAAAUUAUACACAACAUUAUAAAAAGAGGAACCCCAAAAGCAUUCCGGGUGUGAGAGUACAUACAGUAUUAUAAGGUAUUACUCCACUUUGUACACACAAUAGAGGGUUCCAUGUAGGGUUGCAAAAUUCCGCUAACUUUCUCAAAAUUCCCAGGUCUUUCAGAAAUCCUGGUUGGAAGAUUCAGGAUUUCCUGGUUAUGCCCUCCUGUUUCUGGGAAUUUACCAACUGGGAUUUUGGGGAAAGUUACCGGAAUUUUGCAAGCCUAGUUCUAUGUUACAUUAGGAUAAAGGGUUCGAAGUUAACAGUCUGUGGUAGGAAAAGAUUUUCAGUUUUUUGAAUUGUUAUUAAAAAAACUCAGUUUGAUAACCUUG